AUGGCUGAGACACAUACGGUAGCCAGCCAUGGUGGCGCAAGCGUAGCUGGUGGGACUCUUUUCCGAGGAAAGCAUUUCUGGCUCUCGCAAAAUGUCCCCCAGAGAAACAGGUUCAAAGAACUUAUCGAGCGCUACGGAGGUAGCAUAAGGCUUUUCGAGAAAGACGCGGAUAUCAAAUUAGUUGAUCAUAAGCGACGGAAUCUCCCCGCCGACACAUAUUCCUUCAGAUUUGUUGAAGACUCUAUCCGCCAGGGGAGGAUGCAGAGCUUAGAGGCUUAUCGGGCCGGGCCAUCGGAAGCUCGCCCAGUUGGCGCCUCAUACAUUCCCACUCGAAGUCACAAAGUGCCCUACACGAUUGCAGAUGACCAGCUUCUCUGGGAUUGGGUACAGAAGUAUGAGCGGGACCCCGAUGCCUCCAUCUCUGGGAACAAGAUUUAUCAGGAACUUGCGGCGAAGAAUCCCAGACAUACCUUUCAAUCCUACCGUGAUCGAUAUCUGAAGCGACUACGCGGACGUCCGCGUCCGGGUGGUAUGCCAAAAGGUCCCACUCAGCAGGAAACAGUCUCGCAAGAGGCUGCUCCCGCACAGUCGACCAGCCCGAUAACACAACCUCGGCCACAGACAAGACUCUCACAGAAGCCUGAGGAAGCGCCCUCUUCUAGCAAGCCGGCGGAUAGAAAGAGAAAGCGUACUUCGGAUUCUAGCACCCAAUCGGAAGAGACUGACGAGACGCAUCGUCCGGCUUCUAAAAGGAUGGCAGCCGAGCAUGUGCCAGAAGGCCAAGAAGGUACAGAUGUGAGCCCUCAGAACAAGGGCAAAGAGCCCGUGAGGCCUCAACAACCACUCAAUUCGACAAUCUCGCAAAUACCCCCCGAGAUAGACUCUCUAUUCCUUGAACUUCCUUUCUUACCGUCUAGCCCCGAGCCUGAGCCUGAGCCCGAGCCUCAAACAGAUCUACCAGAACAAGACAUUGACACCUGGAUUAAUGGACGGCUUCGGGCAGGUAAGGCAACCGAGGAACAGAUUAUCGAGGCCCUCCGCUGUACAAGUAUGGACCCACACUUGGCAGAUAAAGUCCUCGAAUUUUUGACUGCUGGAAAAGGCAUCCCUGACGACAUGCCUGGGGUAUGGACACCUGGGGAUGACAAAUGUGUUGAAGGUACGGAGACACGAGGAGUCCAGCGGGUGCUAGAGAAGCAUGGCGCGGAAGCUUUCGAUGCUAGGUGGGAAUAUCUAAGCAUGGCAAGAGCUGCUGGUCUCGAGACAGAGGCCGUCGAGUGA